AUGAUAAAGAGGAAUAUCGAAGAUCUAUGGCAUAUAGAUGCCCGUCGCAAUUUCCGAAUAUACAAAGUCGCAGCACAAAUUAUGGGUGUCUGGCCAUUUACAUGUCAGGAAAAAUUCUCCAAAAUUCGUUUCUUUUCUCUUAUAAUAAUACUGAUUUCGAUGGCAGCCAUGCUUGCGCAUGAUAUGCUCAGCAAUUGUGGUAAUAUCGAUACUACAUUAGAAUCAAUUGUCUUUGUUUUGAGUGCGUUGCUCGGAAUAGUGAAGAUAACACUUCCAAGAAUUUAUUGGAGAAACAUUGAAUCCAUCAUAGUUUCUGCUGCCUACGAUUGGUCAACUACCAUUAAUCCUAAAUCUCGCAAAAUUAUGGAAAAAACUUCAUUGAUCGGCACAGCAGCUUUUAUUCUUCUACUCGGUGGUUCAUUGUUCAUUUCAGUGUUAUUUGUACUUCACAAAGUUAUGCUAAACUUCCGAAUGAGCAGUAGAAAUUUGACUACACAAUAUGUGGUGUUCGGAGCUGGUUGUUGGAGGUCAAAUCUUCCUAUAAGUAUAAACUCAAUAUAUGCUGUGCAAACUAUCCAACUUGGUACCAUGCAGUUGUGUGUAAGUGGAAAUGAUGCCUGCUACUAUCAAAUUAUCAGUUAUCUAAGUGGUCAAUUGGAUAUAUUAAAUCUGAAUGUCGAGGAACUCUCCCAUUCGUAUGACCGAAAAACUUCACCAAUUGAUGAAUUCAUAAGACGACAUAAUUGCCUUCUGCGGCUGUGUUGGCACGUGGAAGACACAUACAAUUUUGUUGUUAUGUGUCAUUUAAUGAACAAUUUAUGUUUCACAAUGAUGAUUGUAUUAACAACAUGGAAUGAAAAUAAAGGACUCGGAUAUUUGGUAAUAUUUGGAAGUAUAACAAUAUUUCUUUAUGGUCAAAUAUUCUUAUAUUCUUUGGGAGGUGAUGUCAUAAAGACAAAAACUGAAUCAUUAUUCCAUUAUAUUUAUAGCUGCCCGUGGUAUCAAUUACCAACGUCUGAGCGUAGAAAGGUUCUACUCAUUCUAACAAAAACUAAUUAUCCGAUACAUUUCACGGCGGGUAACUUCUAUCGUCUGAAUCUAGAAAAUUUUAAAAACAUUGUGAAAUUUACUGUCACAUUGUUUUCUUUCUUGCGUCUCUCCCUACAAGAGUAA